AUGGAAUUGGUAGAAUAUCAAAAGAACUUGCCGCAGAGGUAAGACUAUAAGGAGACAUUUCUCCGUGCAUUCCUUUGAAGGUCUACCUCGCUUGUCAUCGUCUCUCGCACCAGUGACAUAUUUGCUCCAUGCGCCGGGUGCGUGGUGAAGGGGUGGCCCUUGUUUACCGCGAAACGACUAAGCCGGUUUGAGGCUGUCAUUUUUGUACGUUUCCUUUGACCCCGCGGGUCAACCCCCAAAAUGCUGCUUGUUCCAAUGAAUAUUUUCUCUUGCGGGUAGAUUAUGCUCUGGAGGGGUCUACAUUUUGACUGAGCAAACUAUGUGAUUUUUGUGGCUUGUUUCGUGCUGAGAGUUCGUAACACGCAUAUUGAUUUUCUGCGGUUAUUGUUUCUGGUCGGCAUGAUGGAUGAUUUGCCCUCUGAUGCAAGAGCGCUUUGUUUGACUUCUUUUGAAAUAUAAAGUUUUUUUUUUUAUUUCUGCUAAAUAAGGGUUUUAGGUUGUCUAAUUUUCUCCAAAGUCCCUCCUUGAUCUGAAUAACUGAAAGCGAUUUUCUUUUGUCCGUGAAUGUGAUGGUUUCCUACAAUGUCGACUAUGUUUGUGAUAAAGUCAGUAAGAGUAUUAAUAUUAUGACAGAUAAAAAGUUAUCUAGGAAAUCAAUGUUUAACUAGUAUUUACUAUUCUCUCGUUUACCCUUAUCUCAUAUAUGGUUGCUUAUUGUGGGGAAAUAAUUAUAAUAAUCCAUUAUCACAGCUCAUACGUCUACAAAAUAAAGCAGUUAGAAUAAUGAAUGACGUUCCUUUACGAGAUCAUAUCACUCCUCAUUAUGUUUAUCUAGGUUUAUUAAAAUUUCGUGAUAUUGUUAAAAUUUUCAAUUGUUUGUUUUUAUAUGAUUAUGUCUAUGAUAAUAAGCCGUGUAAUUUUCCAUUAUUUCUUGUAUCUGAGCAACAUAAUUAUUUUACACGAAGUGCAUCUGCUCAGCAAUUACGGCACAUUCCCCACUCAUUCAGGAAUUAAUAUUCGAAAGUUUUGCCGUACCGUCAUUAGAAAAUACUAUUGGAACGAUCUCCCCCUUUCUAUUCGCAAUAAAUCAUCGAAAAUCCUGUUCAAAAAGGCACUUAAAAAAUAUUAUCUUGCUCAAUAUUGACCUGUGUGCGUGUGUGUGCGCGUGCGUGCGUGUUUGUGUUUUAAUGAAUAACAAAGCGAAAAAAGAAUAAAGUCAAUCUUGUUAAAGGGCCAUAAUUAGUUUUACUAUAAUGUGCCCUUCUCCAUUCUAUUUUUUUUUUUCUUAUGUACACGUAGCUUAAACAACCUUGUACUAAUUAACAUUGUACACUGAACUAAUGUAUUAUCUAUAGGAUGGAGUAAAAAUAAAAUACAAAUGAAAUACAAAUGUUUUGUCACGCUGGGCCCAGCUCGUUAGUGUUUUUGCAAGAUGUUAAGUUCUCACAGAUCCUGAUUCACAGAUCUAAAUUUCGAAGAAUGGAUUGCAGCUUAAACUGAAGCUACUAUGAAGAACUACGUUGUGAGUCUGUCAAGAUUGCUCUUAAGCAAUGAUUUUUAAACUCCAGCAUGUUCUUAUAAAGAGAUCUAAAGAUAAUGUGAGUCUGGACUGGAGCGCGUAGAUAACUCCUUCUUGCGACUGUUCUGUUAUCGCCACUUUGUUAUCAGGCAAGACCGAAGCAGGUCUGCAGGAUUACAAAAGCAUCUUUUCCUCGCGCAAAGUUCACACAGCAGGUCUUCUGUUCCUUCCUCAGCGCUUGUAUGUGCGUAAACAUUCUUUCAACACAGAAGUUACCGUGGAUUGCUGUAUUUCACGCGCGUGGACGCCGCACGCAAUCUUUCCGAGUGACAGGAACGACCCGCUUUGAGAGUAUUGAUAUAAUCUGUCAAAUCUGACCAAUCAGAGGGUAUACCAGCUCCACCGCCCCUGCCUUCCCCAGUUUCCUCCCGUUAAUUUUCGUGUUUGCGCUUUCUCAAUUUAGCGGACCCGACUAUCUCGGAGCAUGGAACAGGCUACCCAAUCAUAUUGUUAAAAGAGAGAUAAGGAAAAGCCACCGUGUCUUUCGUCACAUAUUCAUCUUUUGUGUUUGUUUAUUAUAGGUUGUCAAGAAAAUGGCAAAGCCGUUCAAACCAUCUGCCUUUCAAAUUUUCAUUUUUGGCGCCUAAUCGGUACAGCUACACAAGCGCAAAUCAAUUAUACUCAAUAAGCGUAAUCUUUAAAUGCAUUUGGUCGAUGGUGAUAAUGGCAACAUUAUAAUUAUUGAAGAAAGGUCAGCUUUAAAGUCACGUUUACUGCAAACGGCAAACAUCAGAUUCAAGUUGGAAAUUCUCAAAAUGGAAAAUAGCAGACAAAACAGCUCCAAACAAUUCUUAUAGAUAAAAAUGGCGUAAAAUUACUUAAUUUUUGGAGAAGUAUUGAACAGCAAACAACAAGAAAAGAGAAAAAUUCGGUCACGUGGUAUAGAUUCACAUUUGCGGUUUGCCGUAAACGUGACUCGUAAUCUCUCUAUCAACUGCAUAAUUAUCUGUGAAAAGUCCUUUUUAUCAUGAUUUUCUUAUCAGGAAUGCUUGUUAAUGAAAACGAUGCUAUCGAGUUGCUGGGUACUGGAGCCAAAAUAGGUGUGCCUUAUAAAAGUUUAUCAAGCUCGGGAAUACCGCUGACAACUGAGCCGUUCUUUAAGUCCUUGCUUGUUGCCAUGUAUCGAAAUCACAUACACGAGCUACUCUCCCGCUCCCGAAUCCUUCUGCCACCGGAGGAAGUAAGUUUGAUGAUGGGUGUAAUGGACGAGCUUGGUGUAUUAAAACCAGGACAGGUUUGUUGCUUUAUUUGCAUUAUUUUAGUACGAGAGUUAAUGGUGUUUUUGAUUUUUCAUUCUAGAAUACAGACAAACUUGUUCAACGCAAAUACGUAUUUUGCUGCCCCAUUCGCGCGAUUAGUACACACUAUUAAGCGGCCGUGACACGUUCAGUUUAUGAAUUGCUGAAAAGUAGUUGCUUAGUUUGGUACUCGCAUUCUGCAACCUGAUGUUUGUUUUAUAAUCUUUAUUGAUGUGUUUGAUUCUUCACUUAGUCAAGUUGUGUGACCUCUUGAACUAAUAAGGUAAUUAGGUGCAACAUUCUUCUUCAAUUCAGGCUAAAUGACAGCACGUUAUUUGCUACACCAACAUUCCUGACGGGCCUAUCAUCUUUUCAUUCAAACAUCAACAAGUCAGCGUAGAAUAUUUCAAGUAUUCCACAAAUAUUCAGCUAUUAACUUAACUAAUUGACUUGUGUGAGAUAAGCUUGGAACAACGUGAUCGCUUAAAAGAUCUCCGAUUAAAACUUUCAAAACCUUUUGUUAAACGGAUGGGCAGGUCAAUUUUUCAACUCAUGCGUUGUUACGUACAUUUAUUACGUUAGGUUUACGUACAGUAUUCUGCAGUUUCCACUCGUGUAGACCGCGAGGACCAGUUCAACAUGAGCAGGAAAUUUGUUGUUACGGGGCCUUUAGUAGUAACCAGGAAUCCAUGCUUGCAUCCAGGAGACGUUCGCAAACUUGAGGCUGUUGACGUCCACGAACUUAGCCAUAUAGUGGACUGUGUGGUUUUCCCUCGAUGGGGAUCGAGACCUCACUCUAAUGAAAUGGCAGGUAGGGUUUGUGACUCAAAAGUGGUCGCAGGGGUGAACGGGGCUGUUUUCUUAAGGUAAAAGAAAGGAAGUUCUUCUGUCUUUCGGUACUCUCCCUCUUAGUACUUCUGCACAUUUUGGCCGUGUGUUUGAAGCCUCCCCCCAAAAAUGGUUGUUGUUUACAAUUACGGACCCUUUACUGCCCUCAAAUAUCUUUUGUCCUUCAUCCAUCCCAGGUCGUUCUUGCCCUCUUUUGUUGAUGGCAGCUACUAAAUAUGCACAUAUCUACAGCAUGAGGCCUGAAGAAGGUCGCUUUCAUUUAAGCGUCAUGAAAUUCUUGGCCUAAAAGCAACCAAAGCAUACUGUCCUACAGUUAAUAGUAUUUGUAUUUGUAUUUAUUUAUUUGCCACACGAUUACAAUAAUUACAAAGAAAUGCCAAAAAAAAUGUUGGAAGAAAUGGCGAGGAGGCCUAAAGGAAACUAUAGAGCUUAUGUUAAUUAGGCCUCCUCAAUUACAAUUUUUCGAAGAUGGCAUAAAAAUUACGGCGACGGAUACAAAAUAAUAUCAGGUGGAAAAUUAAACUAAUCAAUAUUACGGAAGUUUACAAAUAAUGUUGAAUAUUAAAAGGCUUUUUCUCAAGAUUUCUGUUGGAGUAUACUAAUAAUUAUUACAAAUAAAUGCCUUAAGUGUUCUUUUAAAGGAAAAAGGUGAGGAAGCGUUGAUGAUGUUGGUGUUUAAGGUGUUGUAAAAUUUAGGUCCUUGAUAAAAACGGAAAAUUGUUUGGUUCGAGUACGACAGAAAGGGGUCUUAAGAUCCAAGGACGCAAUGGCAGCCAAAACGUCGCUUAUAAAAAAGUGCAUUUGCGUUUGUCCGGACUAUCGCGAUUAUUGCUACCCACGUACUUACUUUGUCAAAUGUAGGCGAACCAUUCUGGAGCUGAAUUUCCAAUUUCCAAUUUCAGAAAGAGAAAUAUUGUUAUGCCCUCUAUAAAACGCAAACUUAGGAAAUUUCUUGUCCUAGUCGUGCAAAAACGGCAAAAAAAUGUACAAAAUAGUGUGAUGCUUGUGCAAAGUUGUUUUUUUUUCUUCUUAACCUUUUUUUUUUUUGACGUUCUCGUUGCCGUCGUCUCGUCAGAUCUUAAAGUUCCUAUUCUCCGCGUUUCGCGCACGUGAUCUUAGGGUACACCAACAUUGGUCCAACAUCCCAAUACAGACAGAUUAUUGGUAGCCAAUGUGACUUCAUUGAGGAUACUGUUUUGAUCAGUUUGAAUUUGCCUCAAUACAAUACAGUCAACAAGACGGGAGAAUAAGUGUCUUGAUCGCAUGAUUAGAAUUAAAUAGAGCAAUUAUUUCAAUUUUAGGUGGUGAUUUGGACGGGGAUCUGUACUUCGUUUGUUGGAACCAAGACUUGCUACCAAGGAAACCAAAUUUCCCGCCAAUGGAUUACCAAACCCUGGAAAAGCUCGAACAAUUAGAACCAAUCACAGCCGCCGACAUAACUAAGUUUUUGGUCAAUUACAUUCGAUUUGAUCAGCUAGGAGUGAUCGACAACGUCCAUAAGGCGCUAGCAGACCAAGAAAAUGAUGGUGUUGAAUCUGAAGUCUGUCUACAUUUGGCAAAGGUACAUUCUUCAGCAGUAGAUGCGCCCAAGACAGGCAAGUUGCCAAAAAUGCAGGGCAUCGGAGAGAUUAAGGCAUACCCUGAUUUUAUGAUGAAACGUGAUAAACCUAGUUACCCAUCAGACAAGGUUUUAGGAAAGCUCUACCGUCGCUGUCGCAAGUUUCAAAACGCGGCGUCUGAGAAGUAUAACCAGAAAAUGAGAGUCGACAAGUCUUUUCUCCAGCAAGGUUAUGACAGGUAUAUUGAAGAAGCCAACGAGUUAUACCGGCAGUACCGAGACAAAAUGCAGGUUUUAAUGAGUUUGUACGGCAUUGAAUCAGAGGCUGAAGUCUUCACUGGCUGCUUUCUAAAGCUUCGAAAUCAUCUGAGUAAAGAGAAAACAGAGAUUGCAAAAAUUGUUGACAGCCUCCUCUUCAAAAUGCGGUUGGAAUUCCGAAGCAUAGUCUUCCACCAGUUCAAUGUGAAUGGGCAACAUUUGUUGGAGAAUGAGGAUAUCACAGAUGAGAUGCUCCUCAAAGCUUCAGCAUGGUACACUGCAGCAUACACGCAUGCGCAUGAUCAAAGGAACGACACGGACCAAAGUCACCAAAAGCGUUUGCUCGGUUUUCCGUGGUUUGUUAAUGACGUCAUGCUUGCCAUGAAGAAUCUCAAACAACCGCUUCACUUGUCCCAGAGCCUGAAUGUUAACACAACCAUAGGUGAGAGUUUAGCCAGACUGUUCAAUGAAGAUAAGACCUGGCUACUUAAUCAGCUUUUUGAAAGAGUAACAACAAAAAACUCGAUUGUGCGCCAUCUUAAUGACGGUCUACCCCAGCAUUCGAUGAUUGUGACUGGUUCAUCAGCCACGCUUCUGUUUCACGAGAAUUCAGACCUGGAUAUUUGCGUCUUACCACAGGGUACCCAGAAAUUGCAUGAUGUUUCUGUUGCUUCACAGGAAAUGUAUCACAUUUCAGCAUUCCUCUCGGGUCUACUGGAAGAAUGCAAUAUGCCGCAACGGUCACUUGAUCCAAUGAACUUAGAUAGAGAGCUUGCAGAUCCCUCUGAAGUGAAUGACAUCCCUGUUCAAGAUCAAGUGAAGUCACUCGAGAGGCUGAUACCACACCUAAAAGAGACUCAGGUGCAAAAAGGCGAAAAGGGGGAUCCAAAAAAUUUGUUUCAUAAAGUUGAUCUUGUCGGCAAAAAGACGUUUCCGGUAAGUACGAUAUUUCUGUUACUACAAUCAAACAUUCCAUGAGUGAGCACUGUAAAUACCAAGCCUAGCCGGUCACAGACACAGUCACCACAGUCACAAUGAGAUGAAGUUUGAAUUGCCUUAUUUUGAAUUAUCUCAGCCUUUCUGGAAUCAGUUGUUAAGAAGCUGGAUAAUGCUACCGAAUGAAUAAAUCACUAACAAGCAUAUACCAAUUUCAGCUCCCUAAUUUGUCCAAUUUUCGCUAAUCACCUUUAUUAUAAACCACGGGGCUUGGUGUCUCUAGGUAUCGCCCAAAGUAGAACAAAAUAUGUUUAAAUCUUUAAUCUUGCUACAAAAUCCUAGCUACUGACCUAAUUUUUAUCUUUUUUUUUUAGAUCCUUGUUUGCAAGCAUCCCACAGGGAGGUUGUUAGAUGAAAUCAAAUUCUCCACAAAUCUUGUCUGCGAUUUGAUUACUUCUCCAAACAGUUUGCCAAUUGCAGUUCUUUUGUCAAGCUACAUAAAGUCAUAUCCUCAUCUCUUGUUGGUUCUCCGUGUCAUUCACCGUUGGUGUUAUGUGACAGGCCUGUCACGAAACAAAGCUGGUGCUGGAAACACGUCGAAUCUAAUGGCCUCCGUACUUCUAUUUCAGUGCAUGCGCGAGGGGCAAAUUCAAAAUUUCAACGAACGUCACAUUUCCUCACAGAUAUGUAAACUUAUUCGAGGAGCGAUGACAGAAAGUGACAUGUACGUGGAAUGGAAAAAAGUAAUUCGCCUUCUUGGUGACGAUGCUGGUGAAAACGCAAAUAGCACACACCUCCCCACCCCCAAACUUGGUGAAAUGCUCAUGAGGUUUUUUAAAGCGCACAAGUCGUUUUUUGAAGAAGAGGUUCCAGAUCCCUUGGCGCGUAUCUUGCGCGCUCGUAAAUUUGCAGAUCUGUUGGACAAGGAUCACGUGAACUUGGUGAAGGAACAUAUGCGCCGUGCUUAUCAGCUGUUAGCACUGUAUGGUGAUGUGCAAAUCAUGUUGGCCAUAAGUGGUUCUGAAGAUUACAGCGUGAUUCAUCUGUCACCUCUCCUUUCUUCCUUCUUCGCAGGUGUCGAGAAAAGUAAGGCUCUAGAAAUUACGAGGAAGACUGGGGCAAGGAGUGUCGUUAUCUGUCCCAAGAUCCCGCGAUUACGUAAUUCAGCUAUCUUAGAGGUGAAGGGAAGUGAACCCACGAUUCGCGCAGUGGAAGUAAAGCUCGACAGAAUGGAAAAACAGGCAUCACGUGACCGUGUAUCACUGAUGAGCGGCUGUUUGGUGGAAGAUGCUAGUGUUGUCUUAUAUGAAGGGAGUCGACACGAAAAUGAUCUCGUCUCACUGACACCGUAUGACGGGCCAUGUCAUCAAAAACAUGAUAACCUUGCGCGUCAUGUAGCCUUGGUAGCCAGUCGUACUUUCAACAAUAAGUAUCCGCUCCGACGAUUCACAGAGAAAUUCUUCCAGCAACUUAAGGUAUGUCAACCUGUUACUAUUUCAUGUUCCCACAGAUCCCUCCCAGCGAUAAAAAUUUAAUUGAGGAUCUAUUCAUAGGAAAUAUACUUGCUGAAAUCGCCACCCGGACUCACUGACACCGUAUGACGGGCCAUGUCAUCAAAAACAUGAUAACCUUGCGCGUCAUGUAGCCUUGGUAGGCAGUCGUACUUUCAACAAUAUGUAUCCGCUCCGAGGAUUCACAGAGCAAUUCUUCCAGCAACUUAAGGUAUGUCAACCUGUUACUAUUUCAUGUUCUCACAGAUCCCUCCCAGCGAUAAAAAUUUAAUUGAGGAUCUAUUCAUAGGAAAUAUACUUGCUGAAAUCGCCACCCGGUUAGCUCAAUUGGAUCAGCGCCGGCCGUCUGCUGUGCUGACGGCCGCUGGUCGAUCAAACCCGGACCGGACCAAGACUCAGAGUCUUAAAAUAACUGGACUACGAGCAGUCUCUCUUUUUACUUGGUCCACAUAGCGACACGUGCGUUACUGAAGGCGCGAGACGGGAGAGGCACGAAAAAAGAGAGACUACCACCAAAGCCAGAGAGAAUGGUCUUUCACAGUCUAUUGAUUUUUUUGGUAUGAAAACCGCAAUCUAAUUAACCGUAUCCAAUAUUGCAAAAGUGUUGACAAGCCAAGCACCUGAAAAGUGACCUAAGAGUUUGCUUGAACAACAACAGAGAUUUUCCUUCUCUUUUUUUUAACGCGUAGGUUAUUCAGUGCAUUUCAGUAAAUCUUCACCUAAUUGAGUCAGUCAAGAUCAUUCGUUGGGCGCCGAUUUUGUUCUUGAGAUAAGCGAGUCUUUGGACUGGACUAUACAGCGGUGUCCUGUAGUUAAUCCGUUGGCAAUUACUUUCGUUUUAGCUUUGAUAAAGAACCUAAGAGUCUUCCAGUCUAUGCGACUUUCUGUUACAAGUUCUAAAGCAAGACCGCCGUUUUGGAACUAAAGCGUUCCUCGUCAGUUGCUACUAUGGUCAAGUCUUAGUAAAGAGAGGCUUUGAGCAUUUGGAUUGCGAUCACGUCACGUCCCGUGAUGAGACCUUCUAAUGCUUUUCUUUGCUUUGUAUGUAAUGUUUCUAUUUUCUGGAAACGUGACAAACACUCAGCAGUGCUUCAACCAUCAUCAUCUUGUCAACGUUUCCGAUUAUUGACAAUCUUUUGUUAACGCUUCAAGCCUCACUCAAUCGUAUUUUGCUUUGUGAGGCCAAUGCAUGAUUCGUUUGUUCUGGCUAUGGAAGCAGUCUCUCUUUUUUCUUCUUGGGCUACCGCUCUCGUUUCUCGCGUCUCGCGACCACGACGCUCGCCCGCGCGUGCACUUCCCUCACUAAAUCUGAAGAAAAAGAGAGACUGCUUGCAGUCUGAUUAAAUAUUUGGGGAGAAAGCGUUGCCUUCUUAAAGACAUCUUGCAAACGGUUAGACUUUCUAGUCUUCUCUGAUAAGAACAAUAAAUCGUAAGCCCCGUCACACACCCCUUGUACGUUUUAAUUCUAUGGGACGUAUAAGAACACACUGUUCGUAAAGAGUAGGGGAUCUAGUAGGUGGGUGGUCUAUCUUUCAUGGGGGGAGGAACUGUUACGGCCUCGCAGUUAUUGACGGUACUCGCUGUUGCGGUGACCUUGCCAAGAAUUGGCGAAUAUAAGUAUAUAAUAAACAAACAAAAUAGAUUUAUCUAUAGCUUACACUUAUAAACCACUGAUAUCUAUCCAUAAGUUUAUUUAAAAUACGCUUAGUUUAUGACGAAAAAGAAUUUAUCCUCGUGUUAUAUCACUAUUUCCAUGUUUUAUUUCAGGUAGUUGAAAGAGAUUUUGAUUCCCAGAUUCAUGGUCGUCUUGAAUUUGCUGUUCACUUUGGGCGAGUUUACUUGUUUAGAGUACCACACUUGUUGCUGGAAGACGGUGAGCCCAUCUCCAUUGCAAUGCUCAGGACGAACAAAAGGAAGACUGUUAAGCCAACCAGCGAGCCACAUGUGCUUCCUAGAGAAGUGUCCUUCGCCGACGAACAGCAGGAACGCGCUCGUAGAAGAAAACGACGAGCAAAACAGACUAUUGCCUGUAAAAGCAACAAAAAAAAGCGAAAGCGCGGAAAUCCUUCGAGAAGCGCGUUUUACACUUCUGUUCAUUUCCCAGACAGGGUAAAGAAGUUUCUUCACAAAUGUAAAUUUUUUCCCGACAACAACAUCAUAGAGAAAUACACAGUGGAUAUUUGUCCAAGUACUGAAGAUAUUGAGUUUUAUGUUCGACUUGACAACCAGCUUCGUUUCAUCGACAUCAAGUUUCCAAAUCUCCGCUGGUGUAUGGUUGAUUUAAAACGAACCUGGAAAGCAUGCUCAAAUCAUGACGUCAGGGAAGGUGCCCAAGCAGUUGGUGGCGUAAUGUACCCAAAAGGUCACGUGACCCAGUGUGACACUCGCGCGAGUGAUGACAUCAUCCUAGAUGGUUUGGAGACGGAUAUACGCUUUCUUUUGCACUCUCGUUAUGAAAUGUCGCAGCAAGACAUCCGGGAUACAAAGUAUGCGCAGUAUCAGCAUGUACUUCGAUCGGGAAGUGAAAUGCAGUCUGGAAAGCCUUUUGUCGUCAAAGAAGAUCAGUGGAAGGAUGUUCGACUAAUUCGUUUCAUCAAAUCAACAAAAUUCAAACGAGAUUCAGCAAAAAGGGAUUUUAUGUCGAACUUGACGGUUUAUCUUGACGAAGUAACGGAAUACUCGAGACCAUCUCAUCAAGUGGGUGUUUUCCAGAAAGAGAUCACUCGAUGGGAAUUGUCUAUAGAAGCAGCGCUUCCAGAAGAUCUAACCGAAAAAGAAACAGUUGAAAGGUUUUUGCAUGAACUCUGGGAAUAUUCGUUUUCCUUAUCUUCCUUUCUCUCGGCUUAA